UUUGUUUUUUUAUUGUUUUUUACAGUGGAUAUGAACAAGAUAAAAGUGUACUGCGCAGAAAGGAAUGGGAAAGGAGGAGUCAAGAAGUCCAGCCAAGUGAGGAUAUUUUUCUUGUCAAUUACCCCCUCUUCAGUGAGCCAUACAAGACUAACAAAGGAGAUGAGCUUUCAACUCGUAUCCAAAGUACACUUGGAAGCUAUGAUGAAAUGAAGGAGCUGUUAACAGAAAGAUCCCACCAAAGUCAUUUUGUUGGCAUUCCAAAGACCGAUCCAGGAAACACACCCCUUGAGAAGACAGAGGGCCAUCUUCCUCAAAACUCCAUAGAAAGCCAUUACUUGGUUUGUCACACUGUGCAAACAGGUAUAACCUCUUCAGCAACAGCUGUACAGCUGAACAACAAAGCCAACAUGAACUGGCAAAUAGCUGGACAUUCCCUGGAGGGGAAGAAGGUAGAAGGAAAAACUGACCAAAGAAAGAUUACUCCCAGUAGUGAUUUUAAGUGUGGACAACACAUCAUCGACAAAAGCAAAAACUACAUGUUGAAACCAGAAUCAUCAGCAACUAAUGAGCAUCAACGCAACCUGUUAAUAUGUGGAUUUGACAAACCCCUCAGUAGAAGGAUAGCACAUUCGAAACUGAACUGCAACAUAGACUUGGAUCUACCCAUUAAAAAGAAGUCUUGUAGCCAGAAUAGCAAUAGUUUAAAUUCUUUGCAGAACUUUCCUGCUUCAAUCGUGUCCAAGGUAAACACUGUUCAGCAAAAGCCAACAGCAUAUGUACGUCCCAUGGAUGGCCAGGACCAGGCACCAAAUGAGUCACCAAAAUUGAAAUUACCAAAUGAACUGAGCAUAAUAUUGCCAAGGGAACUUUCUAAUAUGGCUGAUUCAGACAAAUUACAAGAUGAGAAAACUGAAACAUUUGCAGACCACAGUCAAGCAGAGGAUAAUGAUCACAGUGACAUGGGAUUUAGCAGUCCAAAACACAGUGAUUUAAAGAUCAGAAGCCCAGCUGAUUGUUCGGCUCAAACAUCAGUGCUUGAAGAUGACCUGAAGCUAAGCAGUGAUGAAGAUGACUGUCAGCAGCCAGCAGCCCAGGGACAAGCCAUCGGAGUCCAAAGCGACAGUGCUCCCAGUGGUGAUACUCAGAAAUGCGGAAGUACAGCCUCAGGAAUCUUCAUCAAAGGGUCAAGCAGCAGCUCAAGUGAAUCUGACACUAGCUCUGAAUCCGACUCUGAGACCGAGAGCAGUUCCAGUGAGAGUGAAAGCAGCACGCCAUCUGCUUGUACCAGUCCUGAGCCCAAACAAGCAACUUCAAACAAAUGGCAGCUGGAUAAAUGGUUGAAUAAAGUAAAUCCAAACAAAAGCACCAUUCUGAACCAAGCACAGGGCCUAAAUCUCAGCGGAGUCCACCCAAAAGAGCCAAGCCACACAGAAGUAUCCAAAAUUUGUCAUACAAGUCCAAAUCCUAAGGAUGACCAGAGCCCCAUCAGAGAGGAUCGAAACUUGGGAGCAGUUUGUGCAGUUCAUGGAAGCAGAAAUGUAAAGUUGCAGUCAUCUCCACAUGUUGCGCGUUCUGCUACAAUUGUCCUUGCUGUUCCUGCUGAAAGCACUUCUUGUAGGAGACCUGUAUGCCGAAAACUAACAAGGAGGGCAGAGAGGACAUCUAGUGAUGAUAAGCUGAACUGCCACAAGCUUGAUGAGAUUUCUGUAAGCCAAGGAAUACCAGAGAAUGAAAUAACUGAACAGGCUAAAGAUAGGUUAACUUGCAAUAGCAAAGGAUUUCAUAGAAAAGAACCAAGAUUGGGUUUCUUAGGCUGUGAACGCAGACGGACUCGAAUUACUAGAUCCGCCCCUAAAUUCAAGGAGGCCACUGAGUUUUCCGUGCAACCUGAAGAACUUGGCACAGAAACAGAAGCAGAUACAUCACAGCUUUCCAAAACUUUCUCGGCUUCCCCAUCAGAAAAUAACCACAGGAUCAAAGAGUGUGAGCGAAAUAAUAGUACCUGGGCUAAUACGUACAGUUCACACAGCUGUGUUAAUGCAAGGACUAGAAAUGACAUUGCACCAGAGUGCGAAGAACAGUUUUAUACACUAGUUCCAUUUGGGAGAAAUGACAAUGUGUGCUCAUUGAAGGGUAUUGAGGAAACCAAAUCACUGUGGGUCAGGAUUGAUUUAAAUUUUUUGGACAGAAUUCCACAAAAUAUGUCCCAGGAAACCCAUAAUAUCAAUUCCAACAUGGACAAGACACUCAUAGCAGCUCAGAGUGAAAAGUUUUCUCCAGCAAUAGAUAACACUGCUUUUAAAAUACGUCGGAAACGCAAGUUUGAAUGUGAACAGUCUCGGGAUACAAAGAGGAACCACAUGGAAAACAGAGAAAGAUUACCCUUCCCUCUAGGCAGCUACGAUGUGACCAACAGAGACAGCACAAAUAUCAGCAGUUUUGCCACGUCUCACCAAAUAAGAAGUGAGAAUAGCCUGUUACCUUUACCUUGCCUUUCUGAUGAACCAUCUAAAACUUCAAAUGGUGGAUUCUCUUCUGCGACAAAAACUGAUGGGGAUAACCUAAACUCUUACAUUUCUUGCAUUCAGCACCACAGACCAGAGAGCCAGUCGCAUAUUGAGCAGAGGUCACUUCCUGUUCCCUCAGAGAGCAACAUCACUGUAAGCUACAGAGAAGACCCUCAGUCAGAAAUGUGGUCGUCUGGUUUACAUGGACACAAAGAUAUAAGGAAAACUAAACAGUCUGUGGACAACACAAGACCUCGCAAUGCUGAUUACUUUAUGCAGGAAGCUAAACGGAUGAAGCAUAAAGCAGAUGCUAUGAUGGACAAAUUUGACAAAGUUCUGAACUACGCAGAAGCAGCUCUUUCUUUCAUUGAGUGUGGGAAUGCAAUGGAACAUGGACCGAUAGAAGCUAAAUCUCCAUACACAAUGUAUUCAGAGACUGUGGAGUUGAUAAGGUAUGCUUUGAGAUUAAAAUCCCAUUCAGGUCAUAGUGGAUCAUCUCUGGAUAAGAAAAUUACAGCAUUAUGUUAUCGUUGUCUUGCACUUCUGUACUGGAGGAUGUUCCGCCUCAAGAGAGAUCAUGCAGUGAAGUAUUCUAAAGCACUCAUUGAUUAUUUUAAGAAUUCAUCAAAAACAUCUCGAAUAUCAUCACCAGGGAAUGGCAAGGAAAAGACCACAAUUACUUCAUCACCCAUAUCUCCCAGUCCUCUGGUGAACUCUGUCAUAAGCAACUCUACAACAAGUACUUCUGUUAUCAGCAUCCCUCAGCGAAUCCACCAGAUGGCAGCCAAUCACGUCAGUAUUACUAACAGCAUACUACACAGCUAUGAUUAUUGGGAAAUUGCUGAUAAUAUCGCCAAAGAUAAUGCAGAAUUCUUUAAGGAGCUGGAUGCAUUAAUGGGACCAAUCACACUGCACAGUUCAAUGGAGCACUUGGUUCAAUACACUCGACAAGGACUUUUAUGGAUUCGACAGAGGUCACAUCAUGUACUGUAGCAGCUUCUGGUCACUGGGUUUUAUUUCCACUGGACUUCUAGAACUGCAAGCACUGAGCAAUGUUCUAUCACUGGCAGCACUUGUUUAAAUAUCUGUUUCUCCAGCAUUGGGCGAAUUCAUGAACUCCUUGUUAUCAUUAUGCAGGUAAUAAUUUAUAUUAAAUCCAUGCAGCUAGGCAAACCUUUGCAUAUUGUAAAUGCAUUACAUAAUCUGUUCUAUGCACCCCAAAUGGUUUAUUUUUUAAUGGUUUGCUGGAAAUUCAGGACAAUAAUAAUGUACCUAACAUUCUC